CCUGCUAAGUAUCUAGUAAUCCGUUCUCAGAGCCUGGUAACGAAAAGGUAAACAGUUGCUGUUGAAUGCCGAAUAUGCACGAAGCGAUACGAAUGUUCGUGUGAGGCGUGGUGAUAGAGAUUGUGUGGUUUUUAGAAUUAUUAAUCUGCUUUGGUUGCAGGUAAUCGCGAUUUGUUUAUAUCAAAAGGGUUUUCAUCUACCGACAGUUGAUGAGCUUGAGAAGUGAGCGAUUACUGUUGUCAACUGGGUACUUGGUGAGAGAACCUCGAGAAUUCGUGAAUAAAAAUUGUGGGAUGUGAGUUGGCAGUUCUGAGUAAAAGAUGGAGAAGGGAAUGGCCAGUUGAACAAAAGCGUGGAGGGUGAAAAAAUGAUUCGUUCUUUAAACUAAUGAAAGGUUUAACACGUUAUUGAUUGAAUGUGUGUUUGUAGAAUUACGUAUCAAGAUGACGUGAAAGUAUUAUGUUAAGAGUGACACGUUGAACAAGCUGUUAAAGAGUCACCAGCUUGACCGAACAAAAGCAGUGUAGCCGUACUUGUGUACAGUUUAUUUAUGAGAAAACUUCUAUCGGGUUGUAUUUUACAGUGUGUGUAGCGGCAUUAAUACACAAGCGUGUAUUUCGUGUUUAAGUUGUGAAAUCCAUAAUGGCCGAAACCGACAAAAGGGGGAUAGAAUCAAGUAAGGUUCAGAGUGUCGAACAUUUUACUUCGCCACAGCACACCGUAACAUCACGUGUUAUGCCACCACCUUCAUCAAAUGCUGUACCUCGACCCUCAACACAUGUGGCACCCCAUUCUUUAAUUACCCCCCAGACACCUGUAACAGGAGAUCCUGGAUUGGUUCCCACACUUCAAAAUGUGGUCUCAACGGUGAACUUGGCCUGCCCGUUGGAUCUGAUGAAGAUAAACUUUCGUACCCGUAAUUCGGAGUACAACCCAUCGAGGUUCUCGGGUAUUGUUAUGAGGAUACGAGAACCACACACUACUGCCCUCCUGUUUAGGUCAGGUAAAAUGGUUAUCACUGGAGCCAGGAAUGAAGCUGAUUCCCGAUUAGCAGCUCGAAAAUAUGCUCGCAUCAUACAGAAGCUUGGAUUUCCGGUACAGUUUUUGGAUUUUAAAAUUCAGAACAUUGUUGGAACAUGUGACGUGAGGUUUCCUAUACGAGUGGAAGGCCUCAACCAAGUACAUGGACAAUUCAGCAGCUAUGAGCCUGAACUUUUUCCUGGUCUAAUUUACCGUAUGGUGAAACCAAGAGUAGUGCUACUUAUAUUUGUGAAUGGCAAGUUGGUUAUGACAGGAGCAAGAACGCGAGAAGACUUGCAGGAAGCUCUUGACAACAUUUAUCCCAUAUUAAGGAGUUAUAAGAAACAGUGAAAAAAUAUAUUUAUGGAGAGUAAUGUGUCUGCCUUUAUAUAUCCAACGGAUACUAAAGGGUUUUUCCCUGGUGGAAGCUGACAUCAUCUCCAUCCAGUUAUGAGCAUAAGAACAAGUGGACUGUACCUGCAGUCUCCCAUUUGUAUUUGUGGUGUGGUCGUACGGGGAUGUCUUCACUGAUAUUUUUAUAAAAAUGGUUUAUUUGUUUCAUGUGGUGAUAUCUGUGUUUUAGGUUGGUUUAGCAAACAGUGGACUUCAAGACUAACCAAAGGGAAAUCUUAAAAAUAUGGAUUCAGAUGGUGAUUUCCUGGGUUAUGCCAUUGUACAGUCUCAAGAAUGGUUAUGGAUAUUUAGAAAGACGCUGCUCUUUCUUUGCAGAUUGCAGUGUAGAUUUUAACCACCAUGAAAACAUAUCUUUAAAAUAUAGGACGUUUGAUAGAUACUGACUUGGGUUCAUUGAAUUUUAACAUUAAAUUGAGGAACAUUAAAUGGGGAUUCUGCUACAAAAUAUAAAACAUUUCCUUCCUUCCCCUCGGCGCUACAGGUCAGGGUGAGCUUUGGACUCAUGAACAAUCUGCCUCCAUUCUUCUCUACAUCUAUGCGAGGCCGAUCAUCUGAUUUCUGAACAAUUUAAUUUUUACAGUGUGAGGUUGUUAGCCUCAUGCCCAACACCCAACCUGGAGGACUGGGGUGUUCCUCUUCAUCUGGCUCCAACCCCUUGACCUGUCUGGCAUGGGUGACUACCAGUAGCUACACUACUGUCAGCAUAGCUCUCAGGAUCACUCAAACUCCACCACCACAGUACGGUGGGAUCCCCAUCAGUAGGGAAUAUAGGACAUUGUUACUGAAAAUGUACCUGAUGUCUGAUGUAGUUGUUAGUCUAAGAUCUCCAAUAUUGUAAUGUAAUAUAUGUUUAUAUUCAUAAUUAAGUCUUGUAUGGACCUUUGUUUUCUUACAUACGUGCAGUAGCUACAGCCAGUCAGUAUACCCACUACGCUAUUCCCGCUCCUAAUGCAACCUAAGACUGUUUACAGUCGCUCCUUUAUUUUAAAAUUCCCUUAAAAUCGCAUUUAAUUGCAACAUGUUUCAUCCUUACAAGGCCAUCUUCAGGCAAUUUUUCACCAACUGAAACUGCACUGUAUAUAACGGAUGGUGAAUUUUUUAAUAGUUCUGCAUUGGUGGUAGUUGUAUUUGUAAUGAUAAUGGGUACUGGCCUCAUUGUAUGAACAUUGUGUGCAAGUUUUUUGUAUAUGUUACAAUAAAAACUUAAAAUCCAUUAA